AUGCGUGUCAGAAGGAUGCCUCGUCGUGGUAUCGUCCUGAGUAUGACAGAGAGCGGUACCGCUAGACUGAUUUUCCGUGAGGAUCGCUCUGCGUUUGCGGGUAUGCUCGAGACGGAAGGUGGUGAUACAAUUUCUGUCAAUGGAAAACUUAUGGAGGGCAGCAUUGAGCCCAGCUCGUCGUCUGAGCCCUACUUAAUGGAAGUCGUAAUAGUAAACCAGAAAAGAAUCAUAAAAAAAGAUUUAUAG